CCCCAGUCUCAUUCCCUCUCUCCUGUGAUGAGUGGAGCACCAGCAACCAUUUGACAGCCUCAAAGACAAAGAGCCAGUUGGGGGAGAAGGAGAGGUGAACGGGAAGGAGCUGUCCAAGUCCAGCCAUGAGGACACUGUGGAGACCCUCCGCACCACCAAGGACCCCACUGUGGUGCAGGUCAUCAGGCGAACCCCCAGUGGUCGUCCCCAUGGCCCCCCUCAGGAAAUCCAUGUGGUGGAUGUGUGCACCCAGACCGACAUCACCUUCGAACACAUCAUGGCGCUGGCCAAGCUCCGGCCUUCCACCCCCCCUGUGCCUGACAUCUGUCCCUUCCUGCUCUCUGACAGCUGUCACUCUCUCCAGACAAUGGACCAGGAAUACUAUGAAGGGACAGACUACCUCUCCCCCCUGCCCGCUGACGGAGACAGGACCGAGGAGUUUGAGUAUGAGGAAGUGGAGCUGUGUCGACUGAACAGCCAGGAGAAACUGGGGCUAACACUGUGCUACAGGACGGAUGAGGAAGAUGACGUAGCCAUCUAUGUCAGUGAGAUCGGCCCAAACAGCAUUGCUGCCAGGGACGGCCGCAUCCGAGAAGGGGAUCGCAUUUUACAGAUAAAUGGCCGAGAUGUGCAGGACAGGGAGGAAGCAGUGGCUGCGCUCUCCAGUGAAGAUUGCAGGAACAUUGUGCUGCUGGUUGCCAGACCCGAGAUGCAGCUGGAGGAGGCGUGGUUAGAUGAUGAGCAUAGUGAGUUCCUGGAGCAGCUGAAAAUGGAAAUGUUGGAGGAGCAGCAGAGGGAGGAGAUGGAGCUGGCUGCCCUUCAGGAGGAGCAGGAGAAUGAACAGAGAGCAGAAGAUGACACGCCAACCUGCUCCACACUCCCUCAUCGUAAGGACAGUGCAGUAAGUGUGAAAAACAGAAGGGAGAGUUCAGAGCACGACGUUCUGGCCCAUAUCCAGCGACGGCUUUCCCAGUGCCUGAGAGACAACCGGGACACACACCGCAACCCAGCCUCCACACGGCUGGAGGACGAAGAGGAUGAGGAAGACGAUGACACAGAGAGCGACCGUUUCCAGCAGCUUUUGGAGCUGAAGUGUCAGAUUCGUAACAGUGGCGAGUACGACCUCUUCUACAGCCGCCGCAGCACCAUCGAGUGCAGCAUGGGGGAGCAGGGCGGUGUGCAGCGCGAGUUGCGCAUGCUCAACGAGGAGCUGCGCAGCAUCGAGCUGGAGUGUCAAAACAUCAUGCAGGCCCACAAGCUUCGAAAGGGCCAGCAGUCUGCCUCCACCGGCCGCUCUGUACCUUCCACCAAGGACCAAAGCCUCCGCUGUGGAGAGUCAACCAGGGGCAAGCUGGCCGACAUUAACGAGCGACUGGAGAAAUCAGACAAGGACAGCUCCAGUGCCUACAACACGGCAGAGAGUUCACGGAGCACCCCUCUGGCCAUGGACCGCUCUCCGGAGCAUUCUCUCCAGAGGAUGGUCAGCCUCACCAACCAGAGGAACCUCUGCAGCAGCCUGGCCACAGGCCACUCUCUGAGCCCAAGCCCGAGCCCCACACACCGAGCUCCAGGCCCCGGCAAGAGCAGUAGCCCUGACCACAGCAACCCCUCUGAGUCCGACCAGACACCUCAGGCAGAGGAGGAGAGGAGAGGGAAACUAAAGCCCCGCACCUCCCAGAUCCCUUACUUCUCCCCAUCCUACAGUUCCCAGCAAAGGCAGGCCAACAUCCCAGCUCAUGCCCGCCACUACCAGAGCUACAUGCAGCUCAUACAGCAGCGUUCAGCAGUCGAGUACGCCCAGAGCCAGCUCAGCCUGCUCAGUGUCUGCAAAGAGCCCCAGCGACCCGCCAACGAGCCCAAAAUGGAGUGGAAGGUGAAGAUCCGCAGUGACGGUACACGCUAUAUCACCAAGAGACCUGUGCGAGACAAGAUCCUUAGGGAGCGAGCCCUUAAGAUUAAGGAAGAGCGUAGUGGGGGAAUGACCACAGAUGAUGAUGCAAUGAGUGAGAUGAAGAUGGGGAGGUACUGGAGCAAAGAAGAAAGGAAGCAGCACCUGGUCAGGGCCAAGGAGCAGAGGAGGAGACGAGAGUUCAUGCAGCGCAGCCGACUGGAAAGCCUGAGAGAGAACCCUCAGAGCAGCAGUGAGGGUCGCAAGGAAGUCAGUAUUAUUGAGCUCAGCCAUAAGAAAAUGAUGAAGAAACGCAACAAGAAGAUCCUGGACAACUGGAUGACAAUCCAGGAGCUGAUGACUCAUGGUACCAAGGCCCCUGAGGGAGCCAAGGUGCACAACGCCUUCCUAUCAGUCACUACUGUAUAAAAACACAAACACACAAUCUACCCCAUGCGGUAUAAUAUACUUGCCUCGUUCAAUGUGGCGUUUUUAUGAGGACAAUAGUAAUAUUUUUCACUCUUUGUAACCCGAAAAGCAUUUUGUAAAGAAUUUUCAUUUUCUUCAAGUGUUUUUCAGCAUUGUUUUUCAUGUCACUCUCCCAGGAAAAACAUUUUUCUACAAAAUUAUGACAAUACAGUUAUUUU